AUGCAGUUUCAAAGGGACGAGUGGCCAAACUUAGUUUUUAUGACAGCGCCGAUUCUGAAAACAAUAUCGACACAUUCUUCUUUCAGUGAUGCACGACGAGCACAACGAUUACGACAAUCAUUUGCGGAGUGUUUCCAUCAACUUCAAGCCACCAUUGAAGAUCAGUCUCAUUGUGAAUCAAUUUUUACUAUUCAAGCUUAUUAUCUUGCUAUCAAAUCAGGCACUAAUACAUGCCCUGCACCAUUAUGUAAUAUAACAAUUCUUUCGCAACUAAAUACUCUCUUUGGUCGUCUCAAUGAAAAGACCGAAAACUUGCGUCGCGUCACCCCUAUCAGUUAUCUUGACGAAGUCAUUCUAAAAUUUGAAAAGGAGUUGACAGCUCAGUGGAAUGAAUCCUCGGACGACGUUCAAGCGCAAUUGGAACAGUUUCGACAAGAGUAUGAAAAAAUAGAUAAAAUUCCCCACUAUGCUGAUUUUUUUAUAACACUGCUCACUAGCCGACCAUAUGUUGAACUUUUGAUUGCAGAAAAAUAUUUAGAGCAGUGGAGAGUUCAGUUCUCACCGAUGCUGCUCGAAAAAAUGACAUUCGUCAAGAAUGUGGCUAUGACUCAUUUGUCUCGUAUUAAAAAACUUGAAGAACAAGCUCAGCAUGAAAUCGAGCAGAAAAAUGAAGCUGAACUGGAGAAUGUUCUCAAUCAAGUGCAAUUAAUGAAGAACGAAUAUAAGAGUUGUCAAAAGCUGAUUCAUGAUAUUGAAGAUCAACUAGCCAAUAUUGACUUGACCAUCGGAUUAUUCUGUGAUGAAAUUCUAGCUGCCUAUGACCAUUAUCCGAAUCUAUUUCAUGCUAACAAUUUAGUCGGCCGAUUAGCACAGAAAUUCUCUGAACUAAUGUACAAAGGUUUUUCUUUUCACAUUUUACGAGGUCGUCCUCUUCGAUGUCACAGCAAAUUGGUGCAAGAAUCACUCCGUUAUGUUCAACAAACAACAACAAAAACACCUCUUGUAUUAACUGUGAUCGGUGAGCAAUCAUCGGCUAAAUCAUCUCUGCUAAACUCAACCUUCGGCUGUAAUUUUCGUGUAAGCCCUGGACGGUGCACUAUCGGCAUGUAUUUAAGCAUAGUUCGAUGGCGAGAUAAUACCAUUGUUAUUUUUGAUACUGAAGGGUUGUUAUCUCUUGAAGAAUCAGGCUCGAUCUUUGAUAAUCAAAUGGUGUCAAUGGCAAUGCUCUCGUCGCAUCUCGUGCUUAUUAAUCAUAAAGGCGAAUUUAGCUCAAACCUUGAACAUCUCAUUGGCAUGAGUUUCUAUGCGAAACUUCAAAUUCGCUCGCCACUAAGGCCCAAACUGCUUUUCAUCCUGCGUGAUCAAUCAGAUAUACUUAGUACAGGAGUUUUCUUUCGCCAACUGUCAAAAUUCAAGGAAAAUUUGUACAACAACAGCAAAUUUCUGAAGUCGUCGAUUGACGAUGAACUGGAAAUCAAUAACCAAAAUGUUGUUCUCCUACCAAAUGCAUUUUCUAUUGAUACUAAUCCUUCACUGGCCAUAGAACAGACAUGGCGCAACCGCACAUUUCCCAUGAAGAUACUUGAAUUGCGCAAAAUGGUCUUCGAAAGUCUGGUUAAUGUUAAUCUCCAAGUUUAUACAGAUAUUCCCCAUUUAUAUCAGAAGAUUGUGUGUAACUGGAAUGCCAUCGAUAAGUUGGGGCCCAAUCUUUUAGCAUGUAAAACAUUGUAUGAACUAUCAAUAAUGAAUGAACUGCGGGAUAUUGCCAAUGAGAUUAUUCUUGAUUGUGUGAAUAAGGUGGCUCAAGAAGGUCGACAACAUAUCGACCGUGUCCUAGCUUUCAUUGCACCAGAAAAUGAAUCAGAUUUUGACGCUACUUACUUCAUCGAACAGUUCAACAUCGCCUUACAAAGAACUCACGAGAAAAUCACUGAAAGUGCCGUCGUCGAAUUUCAUUCGAAAACAGAACGUACUUGUUUUCCGCUCGAGCUAAAACAUAAAGUGGAGAAAAUGAUCGAACCCCCAAUUAUUUACACACAAGUGAUGUUACGAGAUGAGUUUGGUGAGCGCCUUCAUAAAGCUCGUCGUGAUGCUCGUAUUUCUAGCGCUCAACGACGUCUCAUAGAUGCUGUCCAAUCAGAAUUCGAUCAAAACACGAAUCUACCCAUCCAAGAAUUGAAAAUACGUAUUGAAACAGCUUAUAUCACUGAACUUGAAGCAUGUAAUCGGAUAGUACGGCCGGAAUAUGAGAACCCUCAACAAAUUGCUAUUAAAAUUCUUAAGUUUUAUAAUACAACUGUAGAAAGCAAAACAGCCAAUGUUCGACACGGUAGUAUCUAUAAUUUGCUUCCUUUAUUCGAGAUACAUGAAUUUCAAAGGUUGUGCCAACGAUUUGACGGUACCUGGGAAUGUAUGAUGAAGCGAGAACCUCAAGAGGCUAAUACGAGUAAUCCAAUUGUUAGAGCUUUCAAAAAGAUUUUUCUCGGGAACCCUCCGGAUGAAUAUGCCGAAGAACUAUGGCAGCAUCUUCACGAUAAAGUACGGUGGUGGUUCUAUGACCCGUACAACACUUACAAAAACAAAAAACUUCUAUCAUCCAUUUUUAUCGAGCUUUUGUCUCAAUUACGCAUAGAUAUUAGCAAGUUAAUACGCGAACACUUUCAUUCGUCGUCUGAUGCACGUGUAAUCGCUCAUAUGAUUGAUUUAAUUGAAAAUUUACUAAACGCCGACGUCAUCAAACGAAACAAUCGGCAUUUGGCACGAUGCAACUUUGUGUCAGAUGUAUCAUUGAUUGCACUGAAAAUGUUGAUUGGCGAAGCAGUCGAAAUCGAGGAACAACGCCAAAAGCUUGAAUUAGAAAAAGCACAAAAUGAUUUAGCCAAUUGGAAGGAAACUAUAAACACGCAAAUUCAGUCUAUGCAAGAUUCGUUUGAACAAGGCAAAAAUAUGGCUGCUAUAGUAGCGGAAGAGAUAUUUGAAGAAGCUGGUCGACUUUUACUUGGCAAGAUUCUUCAUGAUGUAACAGCUGACAUCGUAAAAAGCCAAUUCAUUAAUCAUGAUGCUAUACAACGCCAGGCAUAUGAAGAAAGCAUUGUUCAAGCAAUUGGCGAGAAAAUCUUGAAAUAUGUAUUAGAUAUCAACAGAUUUUUUCUCGAAUUGAGUGUACGCGAAAUAAACACAUUGCUUGUGACUAUCAUACACACCCACAUGCUGAAUGCUGAGCAUAUGAUCCUUAGUUUUAUUGCGAAAUGCAAUGAUAUUGUUCAGGCAAGUGAAGAUGAUAAUAUACGAUUGAUUGCCGACUCCAUCGAACGAAGUGUCCUCGGGAUGGCAUUAUUCGCGGGAUCAACUGAAAAAAAAUUUGCUUUGAAUGCAGUUAUGUCUCUGCCGAUUCAAAACAUCGAUAACUUCAGACGCGGUUUCAAAAAAAUACUCUUACAAAGUGCUAGUAUUCAGGAAAGAGUAGCCAUUUUGACCCAAAAUGUCAAAAAAGAUGCAUUGGCCGGAUGCAAAAUCCGAUUAUCACGACGCCUAGGAUGUCAAAGUUGUUGCCCAGGAUGUGGAGCCAAGUGCAGUCGACCUGAACCACAUGAUGAAGAACUAUUUCAGCCAUGGCAUGAGUGCCACUGUCGACCAAAUCGAUGCAAGGGCAAGAAACCUGUAAGUGUACGCGUUAGUUCUCAUGAAACUACGUAUCACUUGGCUCAGGCGUUUCAUGGAACACGAUUUUAUAGAGACAACACACCGGCUUUAUCACUGUGUUAUCAAGGAUGGAAAACAUGUUCGAUGGUGCUUGCCGAUGAUGAAGAAGUAUUUCCGAUUCAAAAGUAUUAUUGUUUGUACCAUUCAGAGUGGUACAAUAACUUGAACGUUCAAUCACAAGCAGGGACAGUCUGCAAUGAAACAACUCCACCUGCCGAACAACGUCGAGCUUGGAUGGUGGUUCGUCGUGUUCUGCUUCGUCAUUACAAACAAUACGGUAUGGUUGACAAUGACCAUUAUGACUCAAAGCUGUAUCCUGAAGUCAAUGCUUUGCCAAGUGCCUAUGAACCAAAAUGGAAUGACACAGAAUUAAACUAA